AUGGAAGUGAAGAAUUUAGUGGUGCGGCAUGAGCAUGGUGCAGAUGCUAAAGUCGAGAAAUGUUGCUGUUUUCAAAGACUUCGAUCUCUUCAUGGAUGCGAUCCUCUGACCUACGAUGUCAAACUGGCCAAGCAGGCCCAAAAACACGCCGAGUACCUUAUAAAAAUGAAUAAAAUAGAGCACAGCAAGAAUGGUGACUAUGGUGAAAAUAUCGCCCUUAAAGGUGGCACUCCCGGAUUCCAGUUUACAGGAUAUGAUGCUGCUCGAAUGUGGUACAGUGAAAUUAAGGACUACAAUUUCAAAGGAGAAGAUCAAUAUAAGUGCGGCCACUUCACCCAGUUGGUUUGGUCCGACACAAAGCGUGCAGGUUUUGGAAUGGCCAAAUCGUCUAAAGGGGAUAAAGUCAUCAUUGUCGGACAGUACCAACCUCCCGGCAACUAUACUGGAGAGUUCAAAACCAAGGUACCACGUCCAAAGAGUGGCAAAGUGAGGAUACCUGAGGUCUCCGAGCUGUCCGUCAAUGCAGUACACAGGCCUCACAAAAUGAGCUUCUUUGAGGAAUUCAACAAAGAAUGCAUUGCAGCUCACAAUAAACAUUUAAAGCCUCUGUGGGUUGAUCAGCGGAUUAGUGGAACAGUAAAGGCCCAGAAACUCCCUACUCCAACUCUUAGUGGUCGAGCAAUUAUGUUUCGUUCGCUUUACAGAGUUCGAGCUCUUCAUGGCUGCCGCCCCUUGACAUACGAUCCGGAAUUGGCUAAACAGGCUCAGAAGCAUGCCGAAUUUCUUGCCCUGAAACGUCGAAUGGUUCAUAGCAUGGCUUUCGAUUACGGUGAGAAUAUUGCGAAGAAGUUUGGAACUCCGGGAUUCAAAUUGACUGGACCCGAGGCAACCCGAUUGUGGUAUAGUGAAGUUGAGGACUACGACUUCAGUGGCAGUGAUCAAAUUAAUUGUGGUAAGACCACUUUUUACACGCUCUUUUAA